AUGCCAGGCCCCUCCCACCUCCAGCUCCAUCCCGCUCCCCGUUUUCCCAACCCCAGGCUGCUGAUGCCUUCCAGUGUCCAUGGGAAAUACGGCAAUCACGCGUGGGGCUCCAUGAGAGUGAGCCAUAAAACGUUAAAAAUGUCCAGUAACGUUACCGUGUUGGAAGUCGGUACCGGCGUGUUCGUCCUUGCGUUGGUUUGGAUAGCGGCUCUGGUGUUCGGUAUGAUGCUGCUGAGAGCGUCUGGAUCCGCAAAGUUAGGAGUUAUCCCGCUUUUCCUCCUGGCUCUCAUCAUCACAUUGGCGCUGGUGUUUUUCCCUCGCAGCCCAGAGACCGCACCUGCUUUCAAAGAGAUAGAGAUAGUGGACACAUUAUUCAUCGGACGCUACGUGCUGCUGGCCGUGGCGAGCGCAGUCUUUCUGGUAAUGCUCUUCAUGCUGCUUCCCUUUCAUUUCCUGGAGCCAGUCUAUGCCAAAGCUUUAAGAACAUACUAAAGCUGCCAGGGUCAGAGUUGGCACCGGGUUCACAUCACUGAUGUACAUGUCUUAAGACAAGCAGGCUCAUCAAGAGGCCCCCGCUUCAUCUGGAAGCAUA